AGGAAACUGCGAUUUGCACGAGGGGAAAAAAUAGCCGGCGAACUCACUGGUAUAUAUAUGCCGUUGCCUUUCCCGCGCUCCCUAACUUCCUCAUUUCACCAUGACCUCCUAUCUCCUCACAGCUCCACACCUCUCCUCCUCUCCACCCUGCAAACUUCACCUCCGAUCGACGCGCCUCCGCCUCCGCCUCGCCGUCGGCACCCCUCGCCUCAACGCCGGAACCCUUGCCGCCGCCGAUUCAGUCGAUCGCCGCCCUCCGUCGCCGAAACCCCCUCCCCUUCGCCUCCCCAAAUCCCUUCCACUCCGGUCCCUCAAGCCCUACCUCCUCUCCCAGUCCGGGCCCGUCCUCCUCGGCUGGCUCUGCGGCGCGGUCUCCGCGCUCUCUCUCUCCAAGCUCGUCCCCCGGAUCGGGAAGUUCUCCUCCGACUUUGCUGGCGCCGAUGUUUUCAGAUUGAGGGGCGAGGGCUUCGCGCUGGGAGUUUUGUUGCUGGCUCGGGCCGUGUCGAGCUACCUGCAGCACGCGUUUCUAUGGGACGCUGCGCUGAAUGCCGUGUACAGGGUUCGCGUGGAUGCGUUCGAGAGGGUUCUCGAGAGGGACUUGGGGUUCUUUGAAGGCGGGGGUGGGGUUUCUGCUGGGGACAUUGCGUAUCGGAUCACGGCCGAGGCUUCUGAUGUAGCUGACACGAUUUAUGCUCUUCUCAAUACUAUAGUACCCAGCACUCUUCAGCUAUCUGCAAUGGCAAUGCAAAUGUUGACUAUCAGCCCUGCCCUCUCUCUUAUUUCUGCUGUGAUAAUUCCAUGUGUGGCUCUUGUAAUUGCCUUUCUAGGAGAAAGGCUGCGCAAGAUAUCUAAGAAGGCAAAUCUCAGCAUUGCUGCUCUCUCUGCCUACUUGAACGAGGUUCUCCCUGCUAUUGUUUUUGUGAAAGCAAACAAUGCAGAAGCAUGUGAGAUUGCUAGAUUCAAGAGGCUUGCUCGUGUUGAUCUCUCUGAACGUUUGAAAAAAAGGAAAAUGAAGGCCCUCAUUCCUCAGAUUAUACAGUCAAUUUAUAUGGGAGCUUUAUUCAUUUUUUGUGCCGGAUCUUUGUUACUUUCAAAAGGCUCUUUCAAUGGAUGUAGCAUGGUUUCUUUUGUCACAUCAUUGGUUCUCAUUAUUGAACCGAUCCAGGAUGUUGGAAAAGCAUACAAUGAACUGAAGCAAGGAGAACCAGCUAUUGAGCGCUUGUUUGAGUUGGGGAGGUUCAAAGCCAAGGUUAUGGAGAAACCAGAUGCGAUCCAUCUAGAUAAUAUGGCUGGAGAAUUGAAAUUUUGCCACGUCUCUUUUAGGUAUAGUGACAAAAUGCCACUUGUUUUAGAUAGGCUGGACCUCCAUAUCAAGGCUGGAGAGACAGUUGCCCUUGUUGGUCCCUCUGGAGGAGGAAAGACAACGCUAGUGAAACUGCUUCCGCUCUAUGAUCCCUCAUCUGGUUGUAUUUGUGUCGACAACUACAAUAUACAGAACAUUCAAUUGAAAUCAUUGAGGAGACAUGUCUGUCUUGUUUCUCAAGAUAUUACUCUUUUCUCAGGAACAGUAGCCGAAAAUAUUGGGUACAGAGAUUUGAUGAAUGGUAUCAACAUGGAUAGAGUGGAGCUUGCGGGACAACUUGCAAAUGCUGAUGAGUUCAUUAAAAAGCUUCCUGAGGAUUAUAACACAAAUAUUGGACCUAGGGGAUCAGUUCUGAGUGGUGGUCAGAAGCAAAGAUUGGCUAUAGCAAGGGCAGUCUAUCAGGAUCCCUCCAUAUUGAUCUUGGAUGAAGCAACUUCUGCAUUGGAUAGUAGGUCUGAGCUAUUGGUGAGACAAGCCCUGCAACGGUUGAUGGAAAACUCGUACUGUGUUGGUGAUUGCUCAUCGCCUGGAAACAGUUCUCAUGGCUAACAGAAUAUUCACUCUAAAUGAUGGGAGGCUACAAGAGCUGACUCGAUCAUCUCUUUUGGGUGGUCACCUAAACUCUCUAGAAUCAGAAGGUCUUGUGAUAUAAUGUAAUUCUCUGGGCAACAACUAUGAAGGUGCACAGAAAUGGUGCUGGUGUCAAAAAUUGCAUACAGCAAAGAUGCCGGGAUUCUGUUGUUCUUGUUGGUUAGUGGAAGGAGUUGGAGAUUUCUUUCGGCAAAGCAGACUGAAAAGAUAUAGCACAUGCUUAUCAGCAUUGAGUUAUGCUGUGCAUAAAAUGGAAGCAGUGUAGCCACAUUAUUGAGACAAGGUACAUCAUUUGUUUUAUUCUUGAAUUUUCCUUUCCCAGAGGAAAAAGUGUACUGCUCGAACUGUUCAGAGUUGCUCUGUUGAAGUUCACGUGUCAUCAUAUUCAUACCUAUCCAUGAAAGUAAUUGUACAGAUGUGUACUCAUUUUUGUACAGAAGUGCACUCAUUUAGCUUCGCACCAUCAUCUUUAUCGGAAAAUUAGAGGAUCCCAGACA